UUCCUUCUUCUUGAGAGAGAGAGAGAGAGAGAGAGAGAUGGGGAGCGUGAAGGUGUACGGGCCGGCCAUGUCGACGGCCGUGUCGAGAGUCAUGGCUUGCCUCCUAGAGAAGGAGACGCCCUUCCAACUCCUCCCUAUCCACCUCCCCAAAGCCCAACACAAGUCUCCUGACUUCCUCAAGCUCCAGCCAUUCGGCCAAGUGCCAGCCUUCCAAGACGGAGACGGCACCACCCUUUUCGAGUCGCGGGCCAUCUGUCGUUACAUCUGCGACAAGUUCGCCGGCCAAGGCAACCGGUCGUUGCUCGGCCGAGAAGGUGGCGGUGCCGCCGACCGGGCGCGCGUGGACCAGUGGGUGGAGGCCGAGGCCCAUAGCUUCAAUCCCCCCACCUCCGCCUUGGUCUUCCAGCUGGUGUUCGCGCCGAGCAUGAGGCUGAAGCAGGACCCCGCGGCCAUCAGAGAGAACGAAGCGAAGCUGAGAAAGGUGCUCGGCGUGUACGAGCGGCGGCUGGCGGAGAGCAGGUUCCUGGCGGGGGACGAGUUCUCGCUCGCGGAUCUCUGCCACCUCCCCAAUGCCCACUACAUCGUUAGCGCCACGGACAAGGCGGAGCUGCUCACCUCCAGGAAGAACGUGGCGAGGUGGUGGGAGGAGAUCUCGGCCCGCCCGUCGUGGAAGAAGGUGCUCGACAUGCGCGGCGCUCCGCCGGCUUGAUUGGCCUGCCGUGUAACUAGUCGACAAGCCGAGAUCGGGCCGUCUCGUGGGGCGUCUGCAGGAAAAGCCCAUAUGGUCCUCUUUAUAUAUAUAUAUAUAUAUAUAUAUAUAUAUAUAUAUAUAUAUAUAUAUAUAUAUAUAUAUAUAUAUAUAUAUAUAUAUAUAUAUAUAUAUAUAUAUCUUAUGAUUCUGAUACUUUUAAUGCGAUUAGAAUUCAAUUCA